CGUCGCGUUUGAGUGAAUUAAUAAUUAAUUAACUAUAAUAAUAUAGUAUAAAUUUGAAACAAAAAAAAAGAAAUGCAAGCAACUGCGAGCGGAUACAGUUGUGUGCAGUUUUAUUUCGUUUUAUCCCAAAAUGUGUUGCGUGCACGCGCAAGUAUGUCGUGGUGAUGCCAGAGUCAGCUAAAAAAGGCGAUGUAGUAUGAUUUUGCAAGACUGAAAUACAGAGAAUAACAAAGCCAAGUCAAGGUGAAAAUUAUACAAAAAUUAAUGGAUGCGCGAUCCGAUAGCAUAUUCAUAUCAAGUUAACGAAAUAUGCUCGUAUUUCGGAACGAUCAAAACUGUGUGAAAAUAAUUUCAAGGUUUGCAGCGCGAGCAAGCGAAUAGAAAGCAAAAGAGCUGGCAACUUAACCAAAAAAUAAAUAUAUACACCACAAACUCGUAACGAUUGUAAUAAUAAACAAUAAAUCCAUACGAAACUAUUUAUUGAGUAACCUGCAGCAACAACGAUAUGAAGUACACAACAGGAACAGACAACGCGCUGCCCACAGGCAGCAGCAGCAGCAGCGACUCUCAGAAUCCCUUAAACGAAUUGCAAUCAGGAGUCACUAGCACACAGCAGCAGCAGCAACAGCUGCAGGAGCAACAAUCCGCAGUAACGACAAGUGCCGGCAGCUCUGCGGCCGCCACUUCGAAUCCCAAUCCCAAUCCAAAUACCGACAACCAAGCUGAUACCAAUGCCAACGGCGAUGCCCAACAGCCUGCCACACAGGCGGCAACAAAUGCUUUAUUUUGCGAGCAGGUGACGACAGUGACGAAUCUGUUUGAGAAGUGGAACGAUUGCGAGCGCACAGUGGUCAUGUAUGCGCUGCUGAAGCGACUGCGCUAUCCGAGCCUUAAGUUUCUACAGUAUUCCAUAGACAACAACCUGACACAGAAUCUGGGCACAUGCCAGUCGACUCUGAGCAGCGUCGUCAUUGACAUCAAUGCAAACAAUCCGGCCUACUUGCAAAACCUAUUGAGUGCUUACAAAACGUGUCAGUCCAACGACUUAGUAGACGGCAUGUCCUCCUCCUCAUCGGAUAAGGACUCAAUGCACUGCUAUGGCAGCGACUUUCAGAUAACCAGCAGCACAAACCCAACACAGUGCGCGGACGAGCGCAAAUUGUACGCACGCAAGGAAGAUAUACUGCACGAGGUGCUCAAUAUGCUGCCUUUGCUUAAGCCCGGCAACGAGGAGGCCAAGCUCAGCUACAUGACGCUGAUACCGCUCGCGGUAAAGGACACAGCUCAACAGCUGGUGCCCACCGAGCUGGUGCAGCAGAUAUUCUCGUAUAUGCUCAUACAUCCCGCCAUUGGCAGCGAUGAUCGACGUUCGCUAAAUGUGUGGUUACGGCAUCUCGAGGAUCACAUACAGGCGAACAAGCGCAGCAGCUACUUUGUGCAACCGGAGCAGCUGCAACUGCAAAUGACCACGGGCACCACUUCGGAUAGCUCAUCGUCGUCCUCCUCAUCGCUGGGCAACCUAACGCGCAGCGUUGAUUGGCAAACUAUUGCGCCACCCAGCAGACACCACAGCAAGCAGCUGCCCAGGCAGCCAGGCGAAUGGCGCGGCAGCGUUAGCGGCUCCUGUGGCUCGAUCAAUCCACUCUGUGAUAAUUUAAAUGGUAUUACACUGAACGAAUUAGCAUCUAGUCAGAAUAGCUUAGGACUCUCCCUGGGCAGCAAUUCGUCGCUGGUCAAUGGCGUCGUUGCUGGCGCUGCAGCGGGUUCCAUUUUGGGCAUCGGUGGCAACGAUGAUCAUGACACCUCAUUCAGCAAGAACGGCACCGAAAUCCUCGACUUUGAGCCGACCCAUUGCGACGGUGUUGUCAAUGGAAGUGCCGAGACAAGCGGCAUUUGCAGCGCCAACCUUAGCCAGCAACAGACUUCUUCACAAGCGGCUUCCAUUCUUCCUCAGCUAUUGCAGCCGCCACCACCACCACCUCCGCCGCAACUGCCGUACGCCUCUAUACUGAUGGGCUAUGUGGGCGAUCAGUUUGGUGACGUUAAUCGCUGGAGCCUGGACAGCAAAAUUGCGGCGCUUAAGACGCGACGCUCAAACAGCUUGACCACACAAACGAUCUCCAGCUGUUCGUCGAACUCAUCGAACUCGUCUGUGAUCACGGUAAACGACAACUGCUCCAAUUCAACGGAGAAUCUGGCGCAGUUUGCAAAUAAGCCGCGCAGCUUUUCGCUGUCCAUUGAGCAUCAUCGCGCCAACAGUACACUACCGAACAGCACCUCGGACACCCGCCUGGAUGACUUUAAGCCCAGCUACAUUAAAUUCCAAACGCGCAAUGUGGGUAUGUCUGGGAUUGGCCUGUGGCUGAAGUCGCUGCGUCUGCAUAAGUACAUCGAGCUGUUUAAGAACAUGACGUACGAGGAAAUGCUGCAGAUUAGUGAAGACUUUUUGCAAAGUGUUGGCGUGACCAAGGGAGCCUCGCACAAGUUGGCGUUGUGCAUCGAGAAGCUGAAGGAGCGCUCUCACAUACUCAGCAAAGUGGAACAGGAGCUGCAUACGGGUCAGAUGAAGAUCAGUACAGCUAUUGAGGAGCUCACCAACAUUGUGCUGACGCCGAUGAAGCCUUUAGAAUCGAUUUCUGAAGAAGAGAACAUUGGAUUGCGUUUCCUCAAGGUUAUCGAUCUGGUCAGUAAUGCUCUGCAACAAGAUCCUUACUGUGCCCAGGAUGAAGAAACAUUGGGUGUGUUCAUGUGGAUACUGGAUCGUUCUAUACACAACGAGGCAUUUGUAAAUCAUGCCAAUCAAUUAAAAGAGCUCAAGUUCAAAUUGUCCAAGAUAAAAAUGUCGAUGGUGCCAAAGCUGCAUCAUGUGAAGACAACGGGCGGCACAACAAGCAAUAUGAACAAACCUAGGUGGAACGGAAAGACCCGCAAGUGUGAUCCCAAAAACGGUAGCAACGAUCGCAUCAAUCAUCGCAAGAACUCAAAUGAUAUGCUGAACUUUUCGCUGAGCUGCCUGCAGCAUCCGUUGCAGCAUCAUCAGCAACAGCAGCAGCCGCCGCCUCAACAGCAGUUUGACUACAACGGAGGUUAUCAGACGCAGCAGUACAAGAGCUCCUCCUAUCCUAGCUUUAUGAAUAACCCACAGCAGCACCAGCAGCAGCCGCCAAAGCAUCAUUCACAGCAUGCGCAGCAGAUGCAGCAAAUACUGCAGCAGCACGCACAACACUUUCCAGCGUUGCCCCAACAGACACCGCCACCGCAUCAUCGCCGCUCACUGAAUAAUCUAAUUGUGGUCGCCGGUGGGCCCCAGCAGCCGCAACAGCUGAUCUUUAAACCAGGCCAGGGUGUGCUGACCAACAGCAGCAAUGACAACCUGCAGCAACAGCAGCAGCGCAAGCCCAGCCUGAAUGGUCUCACUGGAUCCAAUGGAGUAUCCACUGUGGAGCAGCAACCGAAGAAGACGAUGGCCGCUGUGGUAAUGGUUAGUAGUGCAAAUCAAAAUGAAUCCGCUCAGCAGCAGCAACAGCCGCCACAAAUAUUAAUUAACAACAACAAUAACAAUAAUAACAACAGUAUAUUGAACAACAAUUUGAUUAAUCAUCAGCAGCUGGAAGUGUUAGCAGCUGCUGCCGCCGCUGCUGCUGUCGGCAAUGGCAGCUGUUUGUGUCCUGGUGAUGGUAAUGACAAUGUAAUUGCCUGUAGCGCAAUCUGUAGCAAUAGUGUCUGCCAGCAGCCUAACAACAACCACAACAAUAAUAAUAAUAACAACAUUAAUAACAACAAUGUGGAUCACUGCCUGUCUCAGCCGCAGCUCAUCAAUCUAAGCAUGAACUCACUUAAGGACAGCUUUCAUAUGCCGCCACAUGAUUAUAAAAUGAAUGACUUCAAGAGUUUGGAGCAGCUGGAGACGCUGUGUCGCCAAAUGACUGAGCAGGCAAUGAACUAAACUGUUGGCAGUGUAUUCUUUUGGCUAUAUUGAAAUUCAAUGUUGAAAUGUUACAUACUUGUGUGUCUGUCUGUCUGUGCUUGUGUGCGUGUCUGUUAAUGUAUAUUGUAACUCGAUAGGAUUGAGAGUGUUUUGUAAUCGUUUUUAGUUAUGUAAGACACUAAAAAGUUUGUUUAAUAUUAAGUUUAUUUUCCAUGUUAGCGUCUUUAAAUCUGUGAGUGUGUAUGUGUAUUAUGUUAAAUGAAGCGACCGCUGUGUAACUUUGGAGCUGCUGCAACCACAGUGCAACGGCUGGCCGUUCAAAACUGGCAGGGUCUAGCUGAUAACUCCCCCACUCCGAGCCACUUGGCACAGCUAGAGCACAGCCCCAGAGUCGACCCAGAGGCGCCGUUUUGCUGCCAAUGUUAUUAAUGUUUAAGUUGAACAUGUCUAAAUGUAGUUCCAACUAAUCGCAAACUCAAUGCAGAAUGCAACAAGAUAAUAAGACAACAAAACCAACAACAAUAACAACAAACCAGCAACCAACAAAACACAACUUUCUCUCUAUAGGAAAAUUUGGCCAAAUUUGAUCAACAUUUUACGCUAUUCUGACGCUGCCCCCGCUCUAAUUCAGACGUCGACGACGAAAUUGCAUACAACAUAUAUAUAUAUAUAACAAAAUAUAUAUGUGCAUGCAUAUGUUAAUAAAUGAUAUAUUAUAAACUCUGCAUCGUGACCAUGAGACUGACUAAGAUUACUAUAUUCGCAACUAUAAGAACUAGAAAAGCUGGAAAAAUAAAACAUGUUUGAAGAUACACACGAUACACACAACACACGCGAAUCAAAAACGUUGCUUGCUGAAAGUCACAUAAUGAACUAUAUAUAUAAAAAAAAAUAUAUAUACACAUAAUUUAUUUUAAAUUUAAAGGAACGUAAUUGCUGAAAACAAAACUUUGAACUGUAAUUGUAAACACUUAAACAAAUUGUCUUAUAUUUGAGUUGUAAUGAAACGCAGAGAUGAGGUUUAGGAGCAUAAAGCUAACGCAACACAUAUUCUAUUUUGUAUAAGUAGUAAGAAUAUAAGCCAAAAAAAAAAAACAACAAAAAAAAUCAAAAAACUCCCAUGCAUGUUAUCAGACAUUGUACCACAUAUAUAUAUUUACAGAUAUAUAUUUUAUAUGUUUUGUUUCGCUUUUAGGCUUAUUCAAUUGUUUGUAAUCAUGUGCUGUAUAUGAUAAUGAUGGCAAUCGAUUAUGUUGUUUAUUGUUUUGAGAAUUGCUAUAUAUAAACAUAUAUAUACAUAUAUAUGUCAAAUAUCGACCGCGAUUGCUUUGUAACUAAGCUUAAGCUAAAAUUUAAACGAGAGUGGACCGCUGUAGGCCACAGACAACUAUAAGAAAAUUUAAACAAAUUGUUAGCUUAAAUGAAUAUUUUGUGUGUACAAAUUGAACGA